CGAAGAGCCGAUGGCAUUUUGUGUUCUAAUUUCGAUUUACAAAUUAAUAUUGUACUCAAAGAUCUAUUUUAUUUUUUACUAUGGUUUGUGUCAUAGGACAAAAUCACCUAACACUAAAUUUUCUUAGUGUUCCGUUAGUUUUAUUUGGAAUACUUCAUUAUUGCGAUGGUUUAAACCUCGGCACUGGAAUUUCACCGGACUGUUAUCUUCUGACAAACACAGAAUAUUCUUGCAGAUAUAAACACGUCCCUUGCUACGGAGACAAUACGUGUACCACAUCAGGAAGGACGUGUAAAACGAUAGGUUAUGGUAUAUAUGCUUGUCAAGAAGAUGCUCCCGAGAAUGGUCCAUGCAACCCAAAUCCAUGUGGAGACUUUUCGUGUGAUGACAGCAAAGGUCUGGCAAUUUGCCAAUGUCCUAACGGCAAGAAAGGUUUCGCAUGUGACAUAGAUUGCACCUCAGCUAGUGACACCUCUCCAUCUUGUAGUAACAACGGUGACUGUUGUGACGGACAGAGUUGUCUUGACAACCGAUGUACAGAACGUACUGGUCCUUGUAAUCCUUGGCCAUGUGGAGAUGAUGGUGCCCAGUGCUUGUUUGCUUCGGGCAGUUACAAGUGUGUCUGUAAAACCAAAAGUGGACAAAACUGUGAAAUAGCUUGUAAAGAUCCUACGUCCACUUUGGAUCUAAGUUGUCCGGAUUGGACUCACGAGGCGUGUUGUACUGGGUACGACUGCGGAGGAAAUGUUCCUGGUAGCCAUAUGUGUAGGCCUACGUAGCCCCUCCGUGCUGUAUGAUUUCUAAGAUGUCAUUCGUUGAAGUUUAAGACAUUGUAAAUGUUAUCAAAUAAAGUCAUUGAACAA